CUCACGAGGAGAACUUGCAAACCGCCGUUAGAAAACAAGGAGAAGAAGAAAAGAUGUUUCGGUAAUGCACCUACAAGUUGGUUUGCCAACCGCCAAUAAACACCCAAGAGAAAGAAGAAGAGAAUUGUUUGUGUGCCACCAAGUUGUUGUUUUUCUCUAUGAAGCCAUCUCUUCAUACAAGCUGAUUCCAACUCUCUACAAUGACGUUAGCAAAGGGAGAAGCCCCGGCCAAAACUGGUGAUGAUCUGCCCUUUUAACAGACUCAGCCCUGAGUGAGAAGCUCAUAAUUUUUAAAGUGUUACAAUGUCUGUGCCAAAGAGGAAUUACAAAUGUGUUUUGGGAUGUAUCAAUGAACAUCAGAGUCUCCAUCGAGUCCCACAAACUGAGUCACUGAAGACAUUGUGGUUAGAUUUCAUUUACAAUGGAAACAUUCAAAAGAAAAUUCCUAAACUCUUAUACGUUUGCGGCAAUCAUUUUACACCGGACUGCUUCAAAAACAAGGGCCAGUUUAACGCUGGAUUUUCAGCAAGGUUGAUGCUGGAGAAUGGGUCGAUACCAACGCUUCGUUCUCAAACCUUAAAAUCAAAAUCAGAAGUGCAGAGCAGACAACCUGCAUCUCAACGCUGUGCGCAGCAACAACAGACUGACACCAGAACCACACUACUCUCUACUCCAGUGUAUCAAGAGGAAAAGGUGCAUAGCGGACAACCUGCAUCUCAACACUGUGCUCAGCAACAACAGACUGACACCGGAACAACACUACUAUCUACUCCAGUGUAUCAAGAGGAAAAGGAUGUAUCUGGUGUCUCUGUCUGUGGCUUCACUGAUCAAACAUCUACAGAGCUUCUGGUUUCUGUCUGUUAUGGAGAAGAACAGAAAACAUCAUCAGUAAAUCUGCUGGACUGUGGAAUGGAGCUGAAACAAGAAAUCAAAGAAGAAGAACAGACAGAUGAAGGGGAUUUUAAUUAUUCAGACCUGGUGAAGGUGAAAGAGGAAAAUUUUCAGUCGAAUGAAAUUGAGAAGAAACCUCAACAUUUUAAACCUGAAGAAGAGUCUCUGAGCUGCUUAAAUACUGAGAUUUUGUCAGAUAAAGAUUCUUUUAAGUGCUCUGGCUGUGAAAAAAUCUUCAACUGUCAGUCUGAUCUUAAUGCACACAUGCAAUUUUACAGUGGUGAAAAGCAUUACAGUUGUGACCAGUGUGAAAAAAUUUUCCUACAUAAAUCCAGCCUUAAUGUGCACAGGAAAAUUCACACUGGAGAAAUGCCAUACAGGUGUGAGCAAUGUGGAAAAUGCUUUAUUCAUAAGUUCGACCUUAAUGCACACAUGAAAAUGCACACUGGAAAAAAGCCAUUCAGAUGUGCCCGGUGUGGAAAACGCUUUAUUCGUGAGUUUAAUCUUGAAGCACACAUGCAAAUUCACACUGGAAUAAAGCCUUACAGAUGUGACCAUUGUGAAAAGAGCUUCACUCAUAAGUUUGACUUUAAUGUGCACAUGAGAAUUCACACUGGAUUAAAGCCUUACCCAUGUGAUCAGUGUGGAAAGAGCUUCACUCAUAAGUGUGACUUCACUGCGCACAUGAGAAUUCACACUGGAGAAAAUCUUUACACUUGUGAACGGUGUGGACGAACAUUCACUCGUAAGUCAAGUCUUGAUGCACACAUGCAUAUUCACACGGGAACGAAGCCUUACAGAUGUGACCAGUGUGGAAAGAGCUUCAUUCGUAAGUUCGUCCUUAAAGUGCACAUGCGAAUCCACACUGGAGAAAAGCCCCACAAUCACACUGGUGAAAAUGUUUACAGAUGUGACGAGUGUGGAAAGAGCUUUGUAAAUAAUUUCAGCCUUAACAUGCACAGGAGAAUUCACACUGGAGAAAAGCCUUACGUUUGUGGCCAGUGUGGAAAGAGCUACGCUCAUAAGUCCAGCAUUGAUGCACACAUACAAAUUCACACGGGGAUAAAGCCUUACAGUUGUGACCAUUGUGGAAAGAAAUUCCUUCGUAAUUUCGACCUUAAUAUGCACAGGAGAAUUCACACUAGAGAAAAGGGUUACAAAUGUAAACAGUGUGGACAGACCUUCACUUCUAAGUCUGACUGGUAUGUGCAUAAACAAAUUCACACUGGGAAAAACCCUUACAAAUGCAGUCAAUGUGGAAAGAGCUUCACUCGUAAGUUUGACCUUAAUGUGCACGUGCGAAGAAGCCACAGUGGAGAAAAACCUUACAGAUGUGAUGAGUGUGAAAAGAGCUUCACUUAUAAGGCUGCCCUUACUGUGCACAAGAGAAUUCACACUAGAGAAAAGCUUUACAAAUGUGACCAGUCACGGAGUCCAUCAUUGUUGUAUCUUCGCAGCUGGAGUCCUACAAUGUCUACACCAAAGAGGAAUUACAAAUGUUGGGUUUUGGGAUGUACCAAUGAACAUCAGAGUCUCCAUAGACUGCCACAAUCUGAGUCACUGAGGACGUCAUGGUUAGAUUUCAUUUUUUAUGGAAAUGUCCCAAAGAGAGUACCUAGAAACCUACACGUUUGUGCAAAUCAUUUUACGGUGAACUGCUUCAAAAACAAGAGUCAGUUCAACGGUGGACUUUCAACCAGCUUGAUUCUGGAGAAUGAGUCUGUGCCAACGCUUCGUUCUCAAACCUUAAAAUCAGAACAUGAUGUAUCUGGUGUUUCUGUCUGUGGUUUCACUGAUCAAACAUCUACAGAUCUUCUGGUUUCUGUCUGUAAGGAAGAAGAAGAAGAGAAGAUAUCAGUAAAUCUGCUGGACUGUGGGAUGGAGCUGAAACAAGAAAUCAAAGAAGAAGAACAGACAGAUAAUGGGGAUCUGAUUUGUUCAGACCUGAAGGUGAAGUUGAAAAGUUUUCAAUCAAAUAACAUAGAGGAGAAACCUGAUCAUUUUAUACCUGGAGAAGAAUCUCUUAGCUGCUUAAAGACUGACGAUUUUUGUACGUGCUCUCGGUGUGGAAAAAUCUUCAGCUGUCAGUCCGACCUUAAUGCACACAUGCAAAUUUACACUGGAGAAAGACCUUACAGUUGUGACCAGUGUGGAAAGACCUUCACUCGUAAGUUCAACCUUGAUGUGCACACAAGAAUUCACACUGGAGAAAAACCUUAUAGAUGUGACCAGUGUGGAAAGAGCUUUACUCACAAGUCCAGACUUGAUGUGCACACAAGAAUUCACACUGGAGAAAAGCCUUACAGUUGUGACCAGUGUGAACAGAGCUUCCCUCAAAAGUUCAGCCUUAACGCGCACAAGUUGAUUCACGCUAAAGAAAAGCCUUAUGGAUGUAACAAGUGUGGAAAGAGCUUCACUUGUAAGUCCAGGCUUGAUUCUCACACAAGAAUUCACACUGGAGAAAGGCCUUACAGAUGUGACCAGUGUGGAAAGAGCUUCACUUGUAAGUCGAUGCUUGAUGUGCACAGGAGAAUUCACACUGGAGGAAAGCCUUACAAAUGUAACCAGUGUGGAAAGACCUUCACUCGUAAGUCCAACCUUGAUGUGCACACAAGAAUUCACACUGGAGAAAAACCUUAUAGAUGUGACCAGUGUGAAAAGAGCUUUACUCACAAGUCCAGACUUGAUGUGCAUACACGAAUUCAUACUAGAGAAAAGCCUUACAGUUGUGACCAGUGUAAACAGAGCUUCACUCAAAAGUCCAGCCUUAACGCGCACAAGAUGAUUCACACUGAAGAAAAGCCUUAUGGAUGUAACAAGUGUGGAAAGAGCUUCACUUGUAAAUCCAAGCUUAAUAUUCACACAAGAAUUCACACUGGAGAAAAGCCUUACAGUUGUGACCAGUGUGGAAAGAGCUUCACUCGUAAGUCGAGGCUUGAUGUGCACAGGAGAAUUCACACUGUAGAAAAGCCUUACAGAUGUGAGCAGUGCAGUAAGAGCUUUACUCAAAGAAACGGGCUUAAUUCGCACAGGAGAAUUCACACCGUGGAACAUUCACACAACCGGAGCAAUGGACAGCUAUUACUGCGGCGCCCAGGAAGCAACAAGGGAUCAGUGUCUUGCUCAAGGGCACCUCAGAGCCUCGAUCCGACAACUCUUGGGUGUGACAUUGUACGAUCUGUGUCCAGAUCAAAGAGUCCAUCAUUUUUGUACCUUCACUGUAGCAGCUGGAGUCUAACAAUGUCUGCAUCAAAGAGGAAUUACAAAUGUUGGGUUUUGGGAUGUACCAAUGAACAUCAGAGUCUCCAUAGACUGCCACAAUCUGAGUCAUUGAGGACGUUGUGGUUAGAUUUCAUUUUUUAUGGAAAUGUCCCAAAGAGAGUACCUAGAAACCUACACGUUUGUGCCAAUCAUUUUAUGCCGAACUGCUUCAAAAACGAGAGUCAGUUCAACGCUGGAUUUUCAAACAGCUUGAUUCUGAAUAAUGAGUCAAUACCAACGCUUCGUUCUCAAACCUUCAAAUCAGAACAAGAUUUAUCUGGUGUCUCUGUCUGUGGUUUCACUGAUCAAACAUCUACAGAGCUUCUGGUUUCUGUCUGUAAGGAAGAAGAAGAGAAGAUAUCAGUAAAUCUGCUGGACUGUGGGAUGGAGCUGAAACAAGAAAUCAAAGAAGAAGAAGAAGAAGAAGAAGAACAGACAGAUAAUGGGGAUCUGAUUUAUUCAGACCUGAAGGUGAAGUUGGAAAGUUUUCAAUCAAAUAACAUGGAGGAGAAACCUGAUCAUUUUAUACCUGGAGAAGAAUCUCUUGGCUGCUUAAAGACAGAGAUUUUGUCAGACGACGAUCCAUGUACGAGCUCUUGGUGUGGGAAAAUCAUCAGCUUUCAGUCUGACCUUAAUGCACACAUGCAAAUACACACUGGAGAAAAGCCUUACAGAUGUGACCAGUGUGAAAAGACCUUCACUCGUAAGUCCAGCCUUGAUAUGCACACAAGAAUUCACACUGGAGAAAAACCUUACAGUUGUGACCAGUGUGAACAAACCUUCACUUGUAAGUACAAGCUUAAUGUGCACACAAGAAUUCACACUGGAGAAAAACCUUAUACUUGUGACCAGUGUGGAAAGAGCUUUACUUAUAAUUGCAGCCUUUAUGUGCACAGGAAAAGUCACACUAGAGGAAAGCCUUAUAGAUGUGACCAGUGUGGUAAGAGCUUUACUCAAAUGUCCAGCCUUAAGUUGCACAAGAGAGUUCACACUGGAGAAAAGGCUUACACAUGUGACCAAUGUGGACAGACCUUCGCCUGGAAGUCAGGCCUUAAAGUGCACAAGAAAAUUCACACUGGAGAAAAGGCGCACACAUGUGAUCAAUGUGGAAAGAGCUUUAUUCAAAAGUUUAGGCUUUGUGCGCACAAAAGAACUCACACAGGAGAAAAGCCUUACAGUUGUGGCUUGUGUGGACAAACCUUCUCUUGUAAGUCCACCCUUGAUGUGCACAUGAGAAUUCACACUGGAGAAAAACCUUACAGUUGUGACCAGUGUGGAAAGAGCUUCAUUUGUAGGUCCAGCCUUUCUGUGCACAUGAGAACUCACACUAAAGAAAAGCCUUAUGCAUGUGUCCUGUGCGGUAAGAGCUUUACUAAAAUGUGCAGCCUUAAGAUGCACAAGAUAAUUCACACUGGAGAAAAGCCUUACAGUUGUGACCAGUGUGAAAAGAGCUUCACUUGGAAGUCCUGCCUUUAUAUGCACAUGAGAAUUCACACUGGAGAAAAACCUUACAGUUGUGACCAGUGUGAAAAGAGCUUUACUCAAAAGUCCAGUCUUAAUAUGCACAAGAUGACUCACACUGGAGAAAGGCCUUACAGUUGUGACCAGUGUGGAAAUAGCUACACUUGUAAGUCGAGGCUUGAUGUGCACAGGAGAAUUCACACUGGAGAAAAGCCUCACAGAUGUGAGCAGUGCGGUAAGAGUUUCACUCAUAUAAACGGGCUUAAGACGCACAGGAGAAUUCACACUGGAGAAAACGCACACAACCGGAGCAGUGGACAGCUAUUACUGCAGAGCCCAGGAAGCAACGAGGGACCGGUGCCUUGAUCCGACAACUCUCGGGUAUCAAGCCUGACUCUCUAACCAUGAGGCCAUGACGGCCUCCUACACCAGUCUCCACAGUGACACCGAGUCGUUGCUUACAUGUGUUGAUCUGAAACAAACUUGACAAUAACCACGUUUAAAUGCACCCUCAUAAUGCGAUUAUUUUAAUUUCAUGACCAGCACCUGUAUACAUUUACAAAACAUUGUGCAGCAUGUUUACUUAUAACACAAGUAGGGCACUUUGACAUAAUAUUAGUUUGUGUUAGUUUAUUAUUCAUUUUCCCCGCUUGUGUUUAAAUGACAGCAGCGGGAAAGCAGUGUUGUAGUACUCGAGACUCUGUCUUGGACUCGGUCUCAAGACCAUAUUUUAAUGGUCUUGUCAUGGACUCGUGAGCAUUUUGACUCCGUCUCGACUCGUACUCAAAUACCUUUGGAAUCUGACUUAUUCUCGAGUCCACACGAGUCCUUUUUUAAAAAUAUCUAAAUAUAUAUAAUAUUUAUUAUUACACUUUCAUUGCCAAAAUGUCCGUGCAACUAUUUGAUCACGUGGGCUGUAAAAGGGUCUAUUACAACAGUUAACGAGUCGGCACAAUAUUGUACAUUUAGUCUACAUAUAUCUCUGUAUUAUUUAUAUUUUAUUCUUUAUUUAUAUCUAAGAAGAGAAAUUAAAAUGUGGUUGGUGAUAAUCUUUUACACAAUCCAUAAUAACAUUUACUUAUUCAUUAAAAUUUUUAAAUAUAGCUUAUUAGCAAUUAUCUUUAUUUAACUAAAUUAUUAUUUUGUUUCAUAAAUUAUACAUUUAUUUUGUAAAUUGGUAUGCUGUGGUUUGUGCUUCAGUGAACCUGUGUAUAUUGUAGGACCUAAUAUUAUAGAGUGGAUUUCAAAAUCAAUAAGACUUUGACAUUUUUAACAAAACAUGAAUUGAGUGAGAUCAGAAAUGCCAUAUCACAGACUGGUCUCGGUCUUGACUCCAACUCUACUCUCUCUGGACUCGGUCUUGACUGGGACUUGAAUGAGCUGGUCUCGAAUACAACACUGUUUCAAGUCGUCAGGACAGAAGGAAGUUUGAAAGUGGACAAAAGAGAAGGAUUAAAAUACCAGGUGUAAAUGUGACUGUCUCUCUCUCGUUCACCUGUGAUCAUAGGUACCGCCUACUCUCCGCCCAUUGAUCUAAUGUGAUGUACCAAGCACAAUGUAUUUUACAUGGAUCCUGUAACUUAAAUUUUUUUGAUGCUUGUGUUUAAAUGUGUUUUGUACCAUAUUCACUUCAGCAAUUAAAGUGAAAAGAAAGUGAGAGUUUGAGUUUCUUGAUCUGUGAUUUGUAGAAUAUAGGAUUUGUGUAGCUGCACUGAAGGAUUCAUGAAUGUGUUGUGUUUUAGGGAAAGAAUCUCUAUCACUUCAAAUUCCACUGUCCUGGGUGAUCAGUUAUCUUGCACAAAAAGGAACAACAUCAUAAAAACCUUUAAAAGCAACUUCAGGACGGCA